GUUCUAAUUCGUCAGCCUUAUGCAAGCUCCGAAAUCCAAAAAUUUAAGCCAUCAGCCUUAUCUCAAACUUCAGCAUGUCGAUAUCCAAUACAUCCAAUGUAAGUACUCUCCCGAACUCAGCAAUUGCCAUGCUCCUCCGGUAACGUCUAAUAACCCGCCAUCAAAAUGGCACAAUUCAUACCCCGUACCGCGUUCCCCCAACAACUUUCUCUCCCUCGAUCCUAUUACCUAGGCCAUCAUGCAUCCGGUCUCUCGCGAAUGAAAACCAUGCUCUCGUCCAUCGACCUCAUUAUAGAAUGUCGAGACUACAGAGUCCCCCUCACAUCUCGAAAUCCGUUAUUUGAGCAAUCGCUCGCGGGAAGAGAAAGAGUCAUCGUGUACACGAAACGGGAUUUGGGCUAUCAAGGUUUGGCCGUGGAUAAAAAGAGAGAAGCAAUCAUAAAAGAUUGGCACAAACCCUCGUCCACCCUCUUCUCAAAUCACAAAUCCAAAUCCGAUAUUCGAACCAUCCUUUCGCUCUGCAAAGAACACGGUCUUGCGCAUCAAUCCCUAACCGGUUCUCGAAUCCUGAUAGUGGGCAUGCCUAAUGUUGGGAAAUCUUCUUUGCUAAACGCUCUCCGCAUGGCCGGUGUAAAUAGAGGCAAAGCAGCAUUCACAGGUGCUCAACCCGGCAUCACGAGGAAAAUCGCUUCAGGUGUGAAGAUAGUUGAUCCGGACCCGGAAGCAGGAACAGAGGGUGUCUAUUUAGUAGAUACUCCCGGUGUGUUUGUGCCUUUCGUGCCGGAUACAGAUAGUAUGUUGAAACUGGCGUUGGUGGGAAGUGUCAAGGAUACUAUUAUUGCGCCAACGACGUUAGCGGAUUAUUUAUUAUUUCAUAUUAAUUUAAAAGUAGGAGGGAGCGUGUAUAAAGAAUACUGCGAGGAAACGAAUGAUAUUGUACAGUUUCUAGAUGCUGUUUGUAGGAAAACGGGACGGUUAGGCAAGGGAGGAGUACCAGAUGUAGAGGCUGCAGCACUUUGGGUUAUCCAGAGGUGGAGACAGGGAAACUUGGGAAAAUUCGUGCUAGAUGAGGUGGAGGUUGAUGGUUUGGAGAAGAAAGUUAUGGAGGAGGUUAGGAUGAGUGUUAGUCAAGCAAGGAAACAAGCGAAGGAUACUCAGAGGAUGAGGGCGAAGACAAGGAGGGCGGAGUCAAUGGGUUGAGAUUGUGUGUGUACGCACUUCCUUGGAGUAUACUGAUGAUUUCCCACCCGGUUCAGGCACCGCUUUGUAUCUGUUAUCCGAUAUCAUCGUAUGGCUGUGCAGCUCUGUGCUGUCAUCGAUCAAUAUCUACAUCACGAGCGACCAACUCAACAACCAACAGAAACUGGAAACAUGAAAACAAACAGAAAUUCCGAACCUGAUGGAUUACAAGUAACAUCCAUCUAUCACCUACUACUAUAAUCUCAAUUUACAAGCUCUAACAGCACGAAACCCAUCCACACCCUCGCAACUUCUUCCUGGAGCUCCAUCAAGCCAGACGGCUACUACAACACAACUCCAGUUUCCCUAUCCCAAGCGCCGAUACGGGUAUGAGCUCUAGUGCAGAGUAAACUACUGUUGUGUUGCACAGAAGUUCUGUGGUGAUCGUGAAUACCAAUCUCGUAAUUGAGCCGCGAUCCGUUUCUCA